CUACCUCUUGAGGCAGCCCAUUCCGUCUGAAGUAGAUGAGGAUGCUAAAGACAGCCCGGUGUCCUGAAGCUGGCGUGCGUUGUAAUCCCGCUCCGCAGAGGCACCUGGCCUCCGUGAGGCAACACAAGUCCGGAGUUUCCAAUAACCAGUAUGCUUUUGACCUCACACCUGGUGGGUCCUGCCAACGCGACGGUCCUGGCGGCCGAGCUCCCAUGAAGCCAGCGCAUUAUGUACAGCGUAGAGGACCUCCUGAUUUCUCAUGGAUACAAGCUGUCAAGAGGCAUCCCGGCGCCACACGACGGUGACCGCGAGGGCCGCCGGCACGCCAGGCCCCGCGCGCGAGCUGGCCAGGGCCUGCUGAAUGGGUGCGAGGAUGGCCCCGCGGGUCCCCCCCCCAGUAAGCCGUCCCCGGGGAAGGGCCACGUGAGCGCCUCGGAAGACAGCCACCACCUACGGAGAGCCCUCGGGGAGCCCCAGAGCGCUUCUGCUUCUAGAGCUCGUGAGGCGGGGUUUUAUCAUCAGCCCGUGCUGAGGUGGUCCUCUCAGCCCCAGACCGCUCGCGACCACGCCUACUGGAGAAGAAAAGGACAGGAGGUCGGUGGCUUGCUGGGGCCAAGGGCCCGAGAAGACCCAGAGGUCAGAGGGAUGGCCCAAGCCCACAGUCUGCCCGUUCACAUGAGGGAGGGCCCAUGGGAAGUUGGAGGAAGGACAGAGAACGUGAUGAAGAAGGCAGUUUGGGAAGAAGAGCUGAGAAUGGCAGGACCUGCCAAGUGGCAGAAUAUAAGCCUGGAGAGCUGGAACCAGCCAAGGAAAUUAGGGAGGCAAAUGUCUGAUGGUGAUGGGGAGAGACUGUUUCAAGAUCUGUACCCAUUCGUGCAAGGAGAACAUGUGCUGAAUUCCCAAAGCAAAGGGAAAUCCCAGUCAUUGCCCAGGGUUCUUUCCCCCGAGGGCCUGAGUUGCAUGGAAAUUCCCAUUCCAUUAAAUGACGGACAUUUUCCAGGUGUUCCUAAAAUGCCAUUUUAUCCCCCAAAUUGUGCGCCAAAUUUGGAAUCCAAAAGGAACCCCGAGAAGGGGGGUUCCUCGGUCCCUUUCCCCCGGCCUAAGUUUGGGAGACCCCUCAAGCCUCCACCUUACGACUCCCACCAACACUCCAGGGCGGGCGUGGAGGCCAGUGACUCUCUGGACAGUCAGCAGGCGGACUUGUGCGUCUCCUACUUGACCAAAUCCAGCGAGCCCCGGCUGGAGCUGUGCGCGCCCGACUCUAGUUUGGAGCCUCCCGUGUACGUGCCUCCGCCAUCGUACAGGUCGCCGCCCCAGCACAUCGCAAACCCCUACGUGGAGGACACAGUGCCUGGGCCCGUGUGUGGUCCCCGUCAGCAGCAGCAUCCGUUGGAGCCGGCCGGUCCCCCUGGCACCGGGAAUGAGUAUGGUGUAAGCCCACACUCUCCUCGCGGGGUCCCUCAGCAGCCCCGGCCGACCACCGCGUACGACGGCUCCGUUCUGUAUAUUCCCUUUGACGACCCACGGAUACGGCAUUUUAAACUGGCCCGCCCCCGGGGUUUCUGUCAAGAAACAACAGCCAACGAGAAGUCCUACAACUCUAGUCCCAGCACUGCCCCGGCCCCCGCUCACGGAAACGGUCAACACGAUGGUGCCGUUUUGAGCCCACAGAGGGUGAGAACCUCGCCGGGGGGUGUGAGCGGCCCGGCCGCUGCUGAACCCAGUCCCUGGUGGCUGUGGGACCAGCUCCCCAGGGAUGCGGAAAAUGGCGCUCCUGACCAAAGGGCCCACGGUGCCGUGGGGGGACAGUGGCCUGCCCUGGACGGCGGCCGGGGCGGGCACACGGAAGGCCUCGUCUCCCCCCCAAGCCCACAGGGCGAGAGUACCUGUGAAACUCGAACCAAGCUCAAGAAGUUCGAAACUGGGAUUCGGACCAAGAAAAGUUCAAAGAAGAAAAUGAACGAGACAGUAUUUUGUUUGGUUUCCAUCCCAGUUAAAUCAGAAUCACAUCUGCCGGAUAUGGAUACGAACAACAAUGACUUAAAACAGGGCACUGAUAAAAGGAAUGGGCUUGAUAAGAGCGCAGCUUUGCAGGAACAAAGUCUGCUGAGCAUGUCUUCCACCGACCUGGAGCUGCAGGCACUCACAGGAAGCAUGGUGGGGAGAACAGAGUUCCAGAAACAAGAUCUGGGGGAACCAGAAGAAGGCAAACAAACAAAUGACCUCAGAUUCAUUCACCCUGCGCAACACAGAGAGCUCAAGUAUUCUGGCUCGUGGCCAGGGCACCAGUACAGAGAUCAGCAAACCCAAACCACUUUUGCAGAGGAGGCCAGAAGCGCGCUGCCCCUCCCCGGUCAGAAGCCGGGAGGCUCACCAAAAGCAGUGCUGACUCCAAAAUACUCAGACCCUCUCGUCUCUGAGGCUCACGCGCCCACGGCGUUAGCUCCCGGCGACCGAAACCAGAGGCCAAGUGCUCAUCACCCGAAAGGCCAAAUGUCCCUCAGCCCCUCCAGCAACAGUGCUUUCUCAAGGACUUCCUCCUGCGUAAGCCAGGCACCUGUUUCAAAAGCCGGGCCCAGUCAGGCCUGCGCCGAGGGCCGUGGCCGCAGAGCCAGCCCCGUGCCCAGGGGCGACGUGGUGAAGGGGGAGACCACCGGCCCGUGCAACAGCAAACAGCUGUUUGGUCAGUUUCUCCUGAAGCCAGUCAGCCGCCGUCCCUGGGAUUUGAUUAGCCAGCUAGAGAGUUUUAACAAGGAGCUUCAGGAAGAGGAAGAGAGCAGUCCUAGCGGCAGCGACGGCGACAGCAGCAGCGAGGACAGUGACACAGAGUGGCAGCCCGAAGGCCGUGCUGAGGCCACGGGCAAGCACUGGGGCUGUGGGGGAGACGGCCAGGCGUGGAAGGUUGAGGAGCCCGGGGCCAGGCCGGGAAGAGCCAAGAGUAAGUCCGAAAGCUGGAGUGAGGGGCAGAAGCCUGGCUGGCCUGGCACCCGUGCUCAGUGCCCGGGCCCCACGGAGGUGGAAGGAGGCCGGGGGGCGGCGGUGGCGGCACACGGAGGCCUGAUCGCCGACGAGGGAAACCAGGAGGUGGAGCGCGCCCUGAACACCGAGCCAGCCGUCAGCCCAGGUCCUGUGAAGAGAGCGGCUUCCUCCAGGUCAGGUGACACAAAACCAGUGCCCUCGUCGGAUCCAGCCUCGCUGAGGCAGCCCCCGGGAAGCCAGGCACUGCCCCGUGUUCCCAUUUCUGCCGAGCUGAGCCCAGCGACCCCUCGGAAGGCCGGUGGCGAGGAGGGGAGGAGCCUGCCGGUCCCGCUCGCUCUCGCCAGCAAACCCCGAGGGCUCUCGGCGCCGGACUUGAGGUCUGUGGGACUGACGCGGGCACAGGAGCAGAGCGCCGGGAAGUCAGAUGCGUCUUCAGGUGAAGCCAGUGCGAUAGAAAUCCCCCCAAAUGAGUCCCUUCAAGCAAGGGCUGCGAGGAUCCUGGGCAUCGAGGUGGCCGUGGAGUCCCUGCUGCCAGGCACCAGGAGAACGGGACAGGACCAGCACCCCGAGCCUGACGGAGGUGGCCGCGGGCCCGAGGCCCCCAGGGAGGAGCCUGGGUCCGGUUCACAGCUGGAUGACCCCGCAGCGUCCCCUGACGCCUUUUACGGCAGGAGAAAGUGCGGCUGGACCCAAAGCCCUCUCUUUGUAGGGGAAAGGGACAGCGCCCGUCGCGCUGCCCUGGCCGCUGAGCCCUCGGGUGCGGACGGGACUGUCCCCAGCAAGGCCCCCAGCCCCGAGCCUCAGUACAGUCCCCAAGAGUCCAGGUCCUUCAAUCCCAAGGACAUGGGGACAAAACCACCCUUCAAGUCCACCCUGUUCCAUUUUAUAGAAAGGACCCCAAAUAUGCCAGGCUCAGAAAAGAGGCUCAGAAGCACUUCCAAAGUGAUUGAAAGUUUACAAGAAAAACUGGCUUCGCCCCCUAGGAGAGCAGACCCCAGCCGCUUGAUGAGGAUGAAGGAGGUGAGCUCCGUGUCCCGGAUGAGGCUCCUGACCUCCCGGAGCGCUGACUCCACGGAGGAGGCCGAGGAACCGAAGGCCGAGAGGGACCCCGGGAUGCAGCCCGGAGGCCCGGUGUCUCUGAAUGCCGGGGACCUGGCUCGGAAGGCCGGGCUCCCGCUCGUGGUCUCCAAGGGCGCCCUCCCGCCGGAAGAAGACGGUCGUCCAAUGGCACACGGGGAGAAGAAGACCGUCCAUCAGGAUUUCUGGUGCCCAGAUUCAUACGACCCUAGCAGAGUGGAGAGGGUGUGAGGAGACGCCAGUUGAGCACGGGACCGCCAGAGUUUACUAACUGAGUGUUCUCUCGUUUAGCCCGACUUGCCCGUGUGUAAGCUGGAGACUACUGGCCCUUCGUGUACCAAAUAACAUCCUUUACCACUGCCACCGAGAACUUCGUCAUCCCCACGGAAUCGCUGUGUGGAAAUAAAGCAUUAGUCCGUUGAAACCAUCUGUUUUUAUAAUAUAAAGAGUGAAUGCCUGUAUUUGGAAGGGAGUCACAUAAACUCUCCUUCAUGACGGGUUUCGCCAAGCUGGUAGAUAGUUUGGUGUUAAUCUGGUUCUAUGUGAAAAUUCAAACGUGAAUGAUUUUAAAAGGACUGUGAAUGUCGUAAAUUCCCCUCUGCGUCUCCACGGCCUGUGGUCCGCGCUUGCGUUAAGGAGUUUGGGACGUGGGCCAACUGCCCAGCGUCCCGGCGCUUUGAGUUUAGGGGAGACGUGAUGAAUACAUCUGACCCAUUUCUAAGCAAUUUGGCCUUCUGCUGCUGCAAGUAACUCUGUUUAUAAGUAGCUUGCCAUCAGAGGAUAAGAGCGAUACCUUUUAAGUUUCUAAAAGAUUAAAACUUGUACCAUAAUGUACUCAGAGCAUUAUUUAUCUGGCAGUGAAAUCCUUCGAUCACUCGCAAACAUGCCACUGUCUGCUUUGCACUCCGUACUAUUUUUAUGUUCUGUAUGGAUGUUUAGAAAUCCUUUAUAUGAGAAAUGACUGCUGGUUUAAAAUAGACCAUUUUAACAAAGUAACUCUAUUUCUUUUUACAAAAAUGCUAUUUUUCUAUGAUGUAAACAAUUGUGAGGUGGCAGAUUUUUAAGGAAGUAUUAUUUUAUUUAAGAGUCUGUAUCCCUUUGUGUGAGAGGAGCCCCCCAAAGGGCUCGGAUUUUGCUUUAAAGCACACGUCCCUUGCCCACUCACACCUCAGCCACUUUUAUUUUAUCUUAGAGAUGUCACUAUAGACAGUUUACAGGGUUAAUAAACUUUUCACGAAGAUGCUUUUGCAAAUGUAGCUGUAAGGUUAUAUUUGAAAAUAACCCUCUUAAAACCAGCCAACAUCCUUACAACUAUUUUUGCUGCCAUAUCCUCUAGGAUUACCAAAAAAACAUGGUUUCAUCUUGAUAGGUCCCAGGAUCAACCGUGGGACCAAACUUUCCUCCCCCUUCCCCCUGCCCCUCUAUGAAAUAUGUAUUUUUAUCUGGGAUGGUCGUUAAUUAUUAGUCUCGGCAUAUUUUUUAAAAGUGCUAGAGACAUUAUAUAUAUGCCAUCACUGAAGUAUUACGAGGCCUAUGCAUUCUGCUGUGUUUACCGUUGCAGUAACGUGCACAGAGUUAAUGGGUCUUCACGCUUCUGCCCCUCCUUUCUAAGUAAGGUGUUCUCGUUAGCGAACACUUCCUGAAUGGGUUCUUGUCGCCUUCCUUCCUCCUUCCCUUUCCUGUCCUUCCUUCCCCCUCUCUCUCUUUCUCUCUCUGUCUCUCUCUCUCUUUUUUUUUUUUUUUUUUUUUUUUGAGAAACCACCUUAUCUAUUUUUAGACAUUUUAAAUUCCUAAAAUGUGAACUGUUGGGUGGUCUGCAAUUUGGCCCGAAAACACCUCCGACCGGGCUUUCAUGGCCCGUUUUUAUCUGUACCAUCUGAUCUGAUUUCCUAAGAACUUCAUGCAUUUGGACUGUAAUAAACAAUACAGAACCGAAGUCGUCCUGAGCAGUCGUCUCAAAUACGCUUCUCUGCAGUCUUGGUCCUUACCCGUUACCCCGAGUCUUCUACUUCCUUCCAGAUUUUGGCUCCUGUGAAAAGUUGUCGUGGGCUCUUGCUUUCCCCGCAAAGGACAUGGGCCAAGUCUCCGCGUUAGGAGUGGCAGAAACUUCUUCCCGGGAAAAGUUUUAAUGGGGAAGAGGUCAGUUACUCUGUUACAGUUGGUGAAUCGCUCAAGUCAUCUGAGAACUAAUUGAGGGGGGCCACAGGGAGGUCUUUGUGGGGGGUUCUUCCCUCUGCGUUGCAGAUGGAAGAAGGUAUACGUGUAUAUAUAUACGUCCACAUAUAGGCACAUACAUAUAUCCAUAUGUAUUCACUCUGCUCUGACUUCCUCCUAAAUUUGCUGAUCCCAUCUAAAAACUUCUUGUAAUCAAAAUAAUUUGAGAUUUAGCUGACUCCUCAAGAGAAAGAAAAGGAUCCUGAAGAGAAAAAAUUAUAGUAACUAGAUCACAAAGCAAAAUUUCUUUCAGUUUCUAUUUGAAAUUGUAUCAUCUUUCUGAAACCAUUCUGAAUUUAGCCACAAUUAUCAAUAUUUAUACUUUGAACCUUAAUUUCUGGAUUCCAGCCUGUAUAUAAAUCUUUGGUGUGUGGCGAGGAGGAUAACUUGGACAAUUUGACUUUUAAACUUGCAUAUUCUGAAGUAAAACAUUAUCUAAUCCAAAAUAGCUUUCCUGGAAGUUUUGAACUUAAUGCUGAUUAUUCUCUUAUUAUUACUGUUUCUCAUACAUAUAUAACUCUCCAUUAUUAUUUGUGGCUGGAAAAAACAAGUGUUCCUAUUUUGUGUUUGUCAUUGUUUUCUCGCACGGAUGCUAACUGGUCGUGUCUCGUACUUUGGGGCUUAUAAAAUUAAAAGCUAUAAUUUUGACCAUUUGGACUAAACGUUACAUGCGGCAUUGCAUAUGAAAUGUAUUUGUCUUUUUUGUUGUGCAGAGCAAGGGAAAGAAUGUUGGUAAUACAGCGUGAGUUCCCUUUUUUUUUUAAGACAAUUUCUAAAUUAUCGAAAACCAAGUAUCUUCAUUUUCCCAUUCAACCUUACGUUUCUGCAGACCGCAGAAAGCCUCCCGCUAAUGGGGCACAGCUCCUGAGUGUGUCUUCAGAAUUCUUUUCCAUGCCGCUUGAAACAUGGAAUUCUUUAGAAGUCCCUUAAAACGCAUCUACUCUCCGAGAUGCUGGUUUCCUCACUGAAGUCGUAGGUCAAGGUUUGGAUCCACGUGCAAAUUCGAAGUAGAACCUUUUCUGUUCUGUCGCACUGUUGGUGAAGUGUUGUUAACGUGGAGCUCAAAUGUGUAAUAACGUGGAUGGCUCCGGAACCAGACCCUGACCGCCUCCUGCAGCCACAGAAUGACUUCCUGUGAUGGCAGCUCGGCCUCGGGCUCCCGACAAGGAAGGGCGAAGCCGAUCCGCUGUGGACACAACUGCUUCCCAGCUCUGAGCAGAAACGACUGAUGGAAAAUCUGAUUCAGCCACCACUUCAUCCAUGACCCCCUCUCCUGCCCCCUCCCCGCCCCAGAGAUUGUGUUUGUGUGUUUUGGCUAUUUUGCUUUGUUUUGUUUUGUUUAAAAUGAUUAAGCAGUACACAAUGAAGUGUCAGGUUAGCAGCUCUUGGAAAGUGACCAGCACAGCAGAACUCCCACCGUCUAAAUAUCUGAGCUUUAGAGAAACACUCCCAGCUUCCCAAGUUCUUGUGAGCAGUGACUUUUGUGUCUGGACCAUUUUCUGCCAGAUCCAUCUGUGCUUAGGGGACGGAAUGAAGGGUGGGAGUGCGUCUCAGGCAGGGCUCGUAGGCCUGGGGGAGUCCUGCGUUUUCUUUUGCUUUUGUUUUUAACAGCAGAUUCUGUACAUCUGUUUGUAGGAGGAGAGUUGCUACUCAGGACAGGAUUUAAGAGACAGAUUCCAAGUGACCUUUAAGAGUCUGCGUGGUGGGAGGCCCUUUUCCAGGAGUGGGGGUUGGCCCACUUUGGGACCCACCAAGUGAAGAAGGAGGGGGAUGAUAAAGAAUAACAUUAAAGAAAGAACACCCCACCCCCUAGCCUGCACGCUUUGUUUCAAAAAAAAAAAAAAAAAAAAGAGGGUUAAGACUACAAUUCGGAUUGAGACCUCUUAGAAAGGUCGAUACGGUCUAGCAAUCUGCCCAUUGAAACAGUCCUUGGGUUCAUCAGCAGUGCGGAGUGGGGGGUGGAGUGCCUGCAGAUUCCUGGCUUUGACUUCCAAGAGCCCCUAUCGCAGUUGUGUUUGUUAUAGAAGACAGGGAGGUCCUGGUUCUAUGGCCUCUGCUCAGUGACUGAAACCUGAACCCGAAGGCAAGUCCAGAUUGUCCAACCAUUCGUGGCAUUGCCUUGACUGGGAGUGAGGAGGAAACACUCGUCAUAAGAUCACCUGUCCUCUUUUCCAUACCGAAGUCAGGUCUGCUGGGGCCUGUGGCUAAGCCGAAGGAGCAACACAUCUCUCUCCUACUACCCUUCACUCCACCCUGUAGCAGGGCCAACAUGCGUGACACUCACUGUCACGGAGCAAGA